AUGCCGCGAUUUGGUCAUCUUGAACAGGUCUUGAAUAUAUUCGGUUACUUAAAGAAGCACCACAAUGCUGAGUUGGUGUUUGACCCCAGUUAUCCUGAGAUUGACAAAGCUGCUUUUGCCAGAAAGGAUUGGUCAACGAGCGAGUUUGGUCACUUGAAAGGCAAAGAAGUGUUGCCCCCAAAAGCACCGAAGCCCAGAGGUCGCGGCUUUAUCACGCGAGCAAAAGUGGAUGCAGAUCAUGCACCCAAUAUUGUGACACGUCGAUUGAGGUCGGGAUUCUGUGUCUAUAUUAACUGCUGUGCGCCUGUCUAUUGGUUCUCUAAGAAACAAACCUCUGUUGAGACAAGUAGUUUCCGAAGUGAGUUCUGUGCAAUGAAGCUAUGUUGCGAAUAUCUAAGAGGCUUGAGAUACAAGUUGCGGAUGAUGGGUAUACCAGUUGAAGGUCCUGUUUUCAUCUAUGGAGACAACCAGUCAGCCUUGGCGAACACUACCAUUCCGGAAUCUCAAUUGAAGAAAAAGUCGCAAAGCAUCGCAUAUCACUUUAUCCGUGAGGGAGUUGCCAGAGAUGAGUGGAAAACUGCGUACGUUAACACUCAUGACAAUGAAUCUGAUCUGUUCACAAAGUUGCUGCCUUCUGGCCCGAAGCGGGAAGGCUUUGUACGCCGAUUCCUGCAUCAUAUCUUCAGAAGUAAAGGCUGA